AUGUCAGGACUAUUGGAGUUUGUGAUGGGUGUUCGGGUACGUGUCAGUGGAGAUGAAAUUGAGUUCGGAAGUCCGGCGAUGAUUGUCAUGAACCAUCGAACAAGGUGA